UGCAAGGCAGAAUACGUGAGACACAUCAGUUUGGAAACAUGGCGGAUCCACUGAGUUUGUUGCGGCAGUAUAAUGUUAAUAAAAAGGAGAUAAUCGAACGCGAGAAUCAGAUCAUAUUUGGCGAGUUUUCCUGGCCAAAGAAUGUCAAGACUAAUUAUUUGACUUAUGGAUCUGGAAAGGAAGGCACACCUAAGGAAUAUUAUACUCUCGAGUGUCUUUUAUUCUUGCUCAAACAUGUUCAACUCACACAUCCAGUAUAUGUGCGACAAGCAGCCGCAGAAAACAUACCUGUCGUGCGUCGGCCUGACAGAAAGGACUUGCUGGCCUAUCUCAACGGCGAAACUGCCACAUCAGCCGCCAUAGACAAGUCAGCACCCUUAGAAAUUCCGACACAAGUAAAACGUGCCGCCGAAGAUGGCUUGGAGAGUGGCUCAUCGAAGAAACCUCGCUUUGAGGAGACUCACGUGCAAAAGGUAAAAGAGCAACUGGCAGCCCGUUUAGAUGCUCCCAAGGAAGCAUCGGUCACUGUUGACAACAUCAAAUCGCUGUCAGAGGCGAUGUCGGUGGAAAAGAUCGCCGCGAUCAAGGCGAAACGUCUGGCAAAGAAGCGCACCACAAUCAAAGAAAACGACGACAUCGGCAUGGGUUCGGAUCUACGUGUGAUCCUUGACAUGGAUGUGGACGAUACGAAGGACAUCGUAUCGCGCGAACGUCAGUGGCGGACGCGUGCUACCAUCUUGCAAAGUAGCGGUAAGAUAUUUGCGAAGAAUAUUUUUGCGAUUCUGCAGAGUAUCAAAGCGCGGGAAGAGGGUCGGCAGAAGGGUCCGGCCGUGCCCACGCCUAUGGUGACGCCGCGCUCGACACCCAUGCGACCGUUGCCACAGCCGGCCGUCUACAAUCGUUACGAUCAAGAGCGCUUUAUUCGUCAGAAGGAAGAAACUGAAGGCUUCAAGAUCGACACUAUGGGCACUUAUCACGGCAUGACACUGAAAUCCGUGACCGAGGGCACGAAUCCCACCGUGAGGAAACCACCCACCAAUCCGUCCGCCGCGCCGAACUCGGGUCUGCUGCCAACCUCCGCCGCUAAGUUAACGCCGCAGCAAGCCGCGCAGAACAAGCGACCUAGCCGAACACCCAUCAUUAUCAUUCCUAGCGCCAACACAUCUCUUAUCACCAUGUAUAAUGCUAAGGACAUUCUGCAAGAUUUGAAAUACAUCAGCAACGAAGACAAACGAACACAAGGUUGCAAGCGAGAGAAUGAAGUGCUUCUACAGCGUCGCAAGGAAGGUGGUUUGACCGUACCCUACCGAGUGGUCGACAAUCCGCAGAAGUUGACCAACGCCGACUGGGAGAGGGUCGUCGCUGUGUUCGUCAUGGGACCGGCGUGGCAAUUCAAAGGCUGGCCGUUCGAUGGCAACCCAGUGGAGAUCUUUUCAAAAAUAUGUGCAUUUCACUUGAAAUACGAUGAGAUGAGGUUGGACACGAAUGUAUCACGUUGGGCUGUCACAGUGAUCGAAUUGAGCCGGACAAAGAGGCACUUGGACAGAGCAGCGUUAAUGGUAUUCUGGGAACAUCUUGACAAGCAUAUGAUCAAGAAUAAGCCGCAUCUUCGUUUCUAAAAUCGUAAUCGGAUUUACGUAUGUGUGUGUUCUGCGUAUUUUCUAGAUAUUUUCGUAAAGAAGCAAAUGAGCAUUGUACAUAUCUGAGAGAGAAGUGAUAUCUACACGUGUAUAUAUAUGUAUAUGCAUAAUUAAUAAUUGCGUUGUUAAUGCGACGUGAACCGAGCGUAUCGUCAGUAUGGAAUUAUGUUAAGUUUACAUUACAUCUUGAUAAUGAAGUAUUAUUCAGUAAUACUUGGUGACAGCCACUUAAUUAAGAUAAAGACCACCCAUUUAAGCGUAAGAUUUUUUAAAUUGUAAACUAAUAGCGAAUCUCUCCUUUCCUUUCAUUUAUCGUACAUAGCCGGUUUAUCCAUACUCACCACCGUUCGAGAUUUCUCAUCUUAUUUGUGAUUCACCACGAUUCACCAUUUUCAUAGUAUAUAUUAAUUAUACUUAGCGCAAACUGAUGUGCCUGUUACUGAAUAAUUAAUAAAACAUUGAAACACAAA